UAGGUGUUAAUUGAUUCGAGCUCUUUCUCUGACAUUAAUGGAUUCAGUGAUUGAGAUUGUUCCUUGAGAUUAAUGGAAGUUAACAGUAAUAUUCAUUAAGCUCCAAGCGAUGGAUCCAGCAGUCAGUAGCACUGAGUACCCCAGUGACUACAUUGACAUUGUCAAUGAGAUCAACGACUUCAUAGCCUCACUGGACGCCCCUCCCCUGGACAACCACACCAAGGAGCUGGUGGGGAACCCGCAGCGUCAGAACACAUUUGGCAACCAUGACGCGGGGCUGUCUGAGUCAUGGACGCCAGGCUCACGCAGCCGCCACACCAGUGGUGAGAAGAAGGUGAACAGCCAGCUGUCGCUGUCUCAAAGUGGUGACACCUCUGUUGACGUCGGUGACAAGAUGCUGCCGUUUCCUCCAGUGGAGGAUGGGGAGCCUGGGUUCAGCACCUAUGAUUACAUAGGCUCGGAUAGGUCACGGUCAACUGAUUUUGGCGACUACAGUGACCUGAGCAACUACAGUGAUGUCAGUAUCGGCGACACUGACAGCGGGUGCUACAGCCAUUACCAGCACCCCACCAGCGAGGCGGUGCCAGUGUCUAGAGAGCCCAGAACACCAGUCACCCUAACGUCAUCUUGCCCGUCCCACUUCUCAUCCCCCUCACACAGCACCACGGGUAGCCUGAGGGGAGCGCCCUACCUAUACCAGUCUGUGUCCUCAUCCCCCAGGCACGCCCCCCAGUCCUUCACCUUCUCCUCAGCUCACCCCCAGUCACCAGACCGGCUGAGCGCUGAGUUCUGCUGCGACCCCCGCCCUGACUCUGUAGACCAGAGGUUCCACCAAGUCGGCUCCAGCGCCAGUACUCUAGCAGCCGCCUCUCAUCAUUGGACCCCAGUAGAGUCAGAUUACCAGGCUCCAAGCAACAUCCCUAAGGUCCCAGAAUCCCCGGUGCCUCAAAGAAAAUCUCCAACCAAGACCAAUCCUCUCUCUACCUCUCCUAAGGCGCCAGAUUCUGGCUGUGACGACAUCUACUCCUCCAUCCACAAGACACCACAGACUCAUGGCUCUCCUCAAAAACUGAACAUCAAAAACAGGUGGCCACCGGUCAGUGAAGCUGAGCUGCCCACAAGGGAGCAGCCCCAAAGGUCAGGGAAGAAAGUUCCAGAAGAACCCAAGAUGAAAGCUGAAGACCCUACCCAGUCUCGGCAGAACCCGGUCCCCAUACCAAUAACCCGGGUCCCUGACCUGUCUGUGCUGAUAUCAGAGCUGCGCUCAGCCAGUCCCAUAUCAGAGCUGUCCCCCAACUCUAGGUACACGGCAUCAGCCAGGUCGGAGGCGGGGCCUGCUCUUCCUGCUAGGUCAGAUCACUAUGGCGCUGCUCUUCCUGCUAGGCCGGAGCAGUAUGGCCCUGCUCUUCCUGCUAGGCCGGAGCAGUAUGGCCCUGCUCUUCCUGCUAGGCCAGAGCAGUACGGGCCUGCUCUUCCCCCAGAGAACCAGUCAUGUCCAGCCACCCCUUCUGGUCACCCCACUAGCAGGACAUUGACCCCAUCAGCCAGCCAGCCCCCCUGUGUCCCACCACACAACCCCCCUCACCUGGCCAAUGGAUUACGCUGCAAGAGUGAAAGCCCUGAGCAUGACUACGAGCCCAUAGAGAACCUACAGCUGGAAGUACCUGCCACCCCUCGGCCACAGACCAAGUUCCCUCACCCUCAGGGACAGGCUACUAUGGCAGAAACAGGGGGACAGCAACCAAAACACGUCAAGGCCAUCUACGGCUUUAAAGGGACCAACAAUGAUGAGCUAUGUUUCAAGAAAGGGGACAUAAUCACAGUCACCCAGUGUGUGGAGGGGGGAUGGUGGGAGGGGACAUUGAAUGGAAGGACUGGUUGGUUCCCCAGUAAUCACACCAAGGAAGUUAAAGCAGGUUAUCUCCCCUUUACUUCAGACAUUGGCUACAAGAACAACAAAACUGGUGAUGUCCCUGUCUACAAGAGGGAGAGCAUGCAGCUCUACCACAAUGUGGUGUUGAAGAAUGUGAUAGAAACAGAGAAGACCCAUGUCACAGAGAUGAUCAAAGUUCUGCAGUCAUACAUCAAGCCCAUAGAGUCCACAAAUAUACUGACCACAGCUGAGUACACACUGCUGGUGGGCAACUUGGAGGAGAUUAUAGCAUUCCAACAGUCAUUUUUAUCUGCCCUGGAGGACUGUGAAAAACUGCCGUCCAGCCAAAGAAGAAUUGGUGGAAUCUUCAUGCAGUUUGCCCCAAGUAUUCAAGAGCUCUACCACUCUUACUGUGCUAACCACCCAAAGGCUGUGGCUGUUUUACAGAAAAAAAGAGAUGAGUUGAGCAAAUUUGUUGAAUCCCAAGGAGCGCCGCCCCCAGGUGCCCAGACUCUGAUCACCAUUUUAUCCAAACCCUUCAUACGUUUAGACAAGUAUCCAAGUCUACUCAAAGAGCUGGAGAGGCAUGUAGAGGAGAGCCACCCAGACAGAGGAGACACACAGAGAGCUAUAGCAGUCUAUAGAAAUAUUAAUAACUAUUGUUUGGAAACUAGAAAAUCAAAAGAAAUGGAACACGAAAUCGUAUCCAGUGUUAUUCAGGGAUGGGAAGGGGAGGAAAUCUCUAAACUAGGGGAGGUAAUACACUUAUCUCAAGUCAAGAUGGUGACACAAACUGGUGAAAAAUUUGAGCGCAUUUUUGUUUUAUUUUCUUCCUGUCUCGUCAUGCUGUCAAUGAGCAAAGGACUCAGCCAUUACCAAUAUGAGGGUAAGAUUCCUCUGAGUGGUCUAAGCAGUUCUUUAUGUGAAAACACAGACAAGUAUCAAAACGCUUUUGAGAUCUCAGGUCCUAUGAUAGAGAAGAUCACAGUUCUCUGUGGAACCAAAGUCGAAGUCAAUUCCUGGCUGGAAAAUUUAAACCACCAGCUCUCACAGACUGGCAACAGCUCAUCAAAACCUCAGUCCCUCCAAGUUCACAUGAUCCCCACCUGCCAGCCAAAUGUCACCACAGUCACCACAGCCAAGACAGCACACAUCACCACCAACCCACCGGCAGCUCUACCUCCAACGUUCCCACCCAAAGCUUCCAGUGUCUGGAGUCUGACCUGCCUGCGACCUUCACCUCCGACCCGACCCACCCUCAUGUGCCGUGAGGAGGUGUUAAAGUCUCCGCGAGCCAACAGAAAAACAACCCACAAGAGAAAACCAGUCCGGACAUACUCAGGAGAGGAAACUGACUGGCAUAGCAAAAAUGACCCCAAGGUCUACAACGAAGACGCCUUCAUCCUCCAGGUGAUAGAAGCGUACUGCAACAGUGUCAAGACAAGACACACAGUCAACUCAUGCAGAAUAGAAGGGCCCAAAAAGAAAGCCAUUGAUGGGAAAGCUAUUCUGACCAGUCCACAAAUUCUUUUAGCAGAAGAUGAAAAAAUCAUUGAUGAAAGCGAGCAGCAAGAGAGGACUGUGGUAGAUACUGUAUAUGCUCUACAAGAUAGAGUUAAAGAACUGGAGCAGGAGCAGCGCAGGCUACGGCUAGAUUUAGAUGAAGAAAAGCGAUGUCGGAAAAAACUGGAGAGUCUUAUACGACAGCAGAACAACAAAUCUAUGGAUGGGAUACAAGAUGGAACCUGAGCGGACUGGUGGGGGUAGACAGCCAAUCAAAUCACACGAGACUGAUAGCCAAUCUAAUCAUGCGAUCUGUGCAAUUGGGUGUACUCUGUUUAAGGAUAGGUGUGUGACGACUGGGGCUGGGGUAGAUGUGUGGGUGUGUGUGGAGGUAUGCUGUAAGUGUGGGUGUGUGUGGAGGUAUGCUGCAAGUGUGGG